CUUUUAUUCAUUGCGUAGUCGAAAUUCAUUGAAGCUACAACCUUAUAUACCUUUUAUGCACACGCUCGUCGUUGGCGAACAUUGUUUUGGAAAACAGUAAAAGAAACGGAUAGGAAAUGAAGUGCUUCCUAAUGGGCCAGAGAUUUGCUAAGCGUUUGGCGUAUUAUCAUCCUCCUCGUUUCGGUGAAACUGGCCUACCGUCAUCACCUUUGGCCGGGCGCUCAACUCGUCCAUUCCAACUUCACUUCCAUCAGAUCCAAACUGGAGUUCCGAGUGUGACCAGCCUCACUGCUGCCGCCCCAAAAACUGAAGACGCUAAACUCCGUGAAUAUUAUUUGAUUAGACAAGAUAUGACAGACAUUUUCGCUGGAAUCCGAAACGCUCUAACGGGGACCCUGGCGCCAUUAAUACCCAUAGCGCAGUAUUACUUCAACGAAGAUGGUAAAGCCAUAAGACCAGUAAUUACCAUGUGCCUGGCUAAAGCAAUCAACUCUCACCUGGAUCAAAAGUCACCGGUUAUUGUGGAGAAUCAAAGGAAAGUGUGCCAAAUACUCGAGAUGAUCCACAUUGCAGGUCUUUAUCACGAUGACGUGAUUGACAAAGCCGAAAGUAGACGAAACAAGCCGUCCGUCAAUUGCAUCUGGGGUGUGAAAAAACCCAUUUUAGCUGGUGAUUUUGUCCUCGGACGCACAAUGAGAAUUACGGCUGAAAUUAACAACGAAGACAUUGCCAUCUUAUUAAAAACGACGAUUGAUCAUAUUGUGAUUGGAGAAAUCAUGCAAUUGGGAAGUGGUAAAACACAAGAAGAAAGAUUCGCCCAUUAUGUCGAGAAAACGUUCAAGAAAACUGCCAGUCUCCUUGCUUAUAGUUGCCAAGCGGUCGCUCUGCUGUCUGGAAGUGAUUCAACUUUACAGACGACGGCAUUUCAAAUUGGUCGCCAAUUGGGAAUGGCAUUUCAACUGGUUGAUGACGUAUUGGAUUUCAGCGCCACAUCUGCUCAAAUGGGCAAAUCAACGGCAGUAGACAUGAGCCAAGGACUAGCCAACGCCCCAGUUCUAUUUGCCGCACAAAUGUUUCCCCAACUGAAUGCGAUGAUUGAUCGCCACUUUCAAGAACCUGGCGAUGUCGAGACAGCCUUUCGCUUGAUUCUUCGGUCGGACGGUUUGCAACGAACCAAAGAUUUGGCCAUGCAAUAUUGUGACGAGGCCAUCACCCAAUUGGCUCAGCUGUCGCCAUCGCCCUACCAGCAAUUUUUAUUCACCUUAACGAACAAAAUACUCAACAGAUUGAGGUAAAAAGCAGCAGGUAUAGUCUAUGAUAUUAUAUAGUCGCUAACUGUGCUGGCGCCCGUGUACAUUUCCCGUUUAUAUCCAUAUAUACAAAGUUCAGCUCAAUUAUUAUUUAUUGAUUAAAUAGACUGAACAAUUUCGUGUUGCUUUUGAAAUAUAUAUUUACGCGUU